GUAUAUCGGGGUUGAGGAGUUGGGUAUCCGUGAAAACAAACAUGAAAAUGGUGAUAAUGAGAAGGAGACAGAAGGCGAAGAGAGAGUUGGUGAAAUUGGGGAAAAGACAUCCGCAUCCAGGUGCAUUCAAUUCUCAUCUUGUCCUCUUCCUAACCCUUCAAACCUUCUCCUUCUUCCUCGAUCCCUUUUCUUCUUCACGUUUUCUUUUCGUUACUCGUAAAGGGCUAAGAGGGUUUUCGAUUUCUCUCGUAUUUGGAGAUGAAGCGAGUUGUUCCGGAGGGGAAAGGGGAUCGGAAGACGGAGAAGAAACCCAGGGCGGUUUCCCAUGACUGUGACGGAGGAGGCGUCUCCGACAAGACUGGAUUUCUGAAUUUGGAUGAUAAUUUGCUGUUUGAGGUUUUUAAGCAUGUGGAUGCCAGGACUCUGGCCAUGGCGGCCUGUGUGAGCAAGCAAUGGCACAAAACCGCCGAAGAUGAACGGCUUUGGGAGCUGAUCUGCACCAGGCACUGGGCUAACACCGGAUGUGGCAAUCAACAACUCCGAUCUGUAGUUCUGGCCCUCGGUGGCUUCCGCCGCCUUCACUCGCUCUUCAUCUGGCCUCUUACCAAGCCCCAGUCCUCCUCCUCCUCCUCCUCCUCCACAUCUUCGUCCACUUCCUCCUCGUCGCCGUGGUCUCCGUUUCCGGCGAUGAUUGGGUCGAAGCCGCCAGCACGGUGGGGGAAGGAUGAGGUCCAUCUCUCACUCUCGCUUCUCUCAAUUCGAUACUACGAAAAGAUGAAUUUCGGCAGCAGAGGCAGAUGAAGGGAGCUCCAUCCAUGCUCAGUCCUCAUUUAACCAUUUUCCUUUUUUCAAGUUUCCCGAUUGAAAUUUCCCUUUCAAUUCAAUCUGUUCUGGAUUUGAUCUGGGGUUCGUUUGUUUGAUUUCUUUUUUCUUUUUGUGGGUUAAUUAGAUGUGUAUCAUGUUCAUGUGUGUACUCUAUGAUAUAAGAUAAGAUGACAUUAAUUUCCAA